GUGUGUAACUUCAACAUGAAGGCAGCAAUUUGCAUUUUGCUUUUCGCCCUCGUGGGAUACAUUCAGGCAAGGAUCAAUUACGAUGACGUUCUUGAAGCGGAAUUUGAACUCUUCAAAGCGGAGCAUGAGAAAAGCUACGAUGACGAAUACGAAGAACAACUGCGUCUGCAGAUCUUUAAAGAUAACAAGAAGCUGAUCGAUAGACACAACAAGCGCUAUGCAGCUGGAGAGAAGACUUACACGAUGGGUGUAAAUAAAUUCACAGAUUUGACUCAAGAGGAGUUCAAAAGGCUUAUGCUCACAAGUCUUAAUACAAAUCAUUCACAAGAAGGCUCCGACUAUAUUUAUAAUCCUUCUGCCAAGGAUAGCCUUCCAAGUAGCAUUGAUUGGCGUAGUUCGGGCGCUGUUAAUCCAGUUAAAUAUCAAGGCCGUUGUGGCUCUUGUUGGGCUUUCUCUGCUGUAGGCUCACUGGAAAGCCAUUACUUUAUAUACAAAAAACGAAGAGUAUCCCUGUCCGAACAAAAUUUGGUGGACUGCACAAGAGGUUAUCCCUAUAACAACUACGGCUGUUCCGGCGGUUGGCCGAUUGAAGCAUUGAAAUAUGUUAAGGACAAUGGUGGUAUAGAUACUGAAAGCUCUUAUCCGUAUGAAGGAAGAAACGACUAUUGCCAUUACGAAAGGUACAACAUUGGAGCACAAAUCUCGGGAAUUGUGCAAAUUCAAAGUGGAAAUGAAGACGCAUUAGCAUCGGCCGUUGCUAAUAAGGGUCCCAUAUCAGUGUGUAUCAACGUCGAUUCCAACUUCCAAUAUUAUAGAAGUGGCGUCUUCAAUGAACCGUCGUGCUCUCAAACUGUAAACCAUUGUGUAGUUGCUAUUGGCUACGGCACCGAUCCAGUUGAAGGAGAUUAUUGGCUCGUGAGGAACUCUUGGGGUGAGAAUUGGGGAGAAAAAGGAUACAUUCGCAUGGCUCGCAAUUGCAACAAUCAAUGCGGUAUAGCACUAUAUCCAGUUUAUCCGUUAGUGUAAAAGGCACUUUCGUAUUAUUUUCUUUGCAAAUCAA